GUUACAGUUGAUUAGAGCGAUGGCGUGGAUUCAGCUUCUGCUCUUCUCUCUUCUUCUCUCCUUCACUCCUCUCACUACACUGUCUCGCAGCGUACCUGGUGGUGAUGUGGAUAACACUGGUGAUGAUGAUGAUGAUGAUGGGAAUGUAUGUGAAAGAAUUUGUGGGGGCAUUGAUGAGGAACUGAAAAGCUGCAGCAGGAAACUGGCUGAGAAAAUAGAUUCCAUGGUUAACGUGGAGAAAGAUCUGUUUGCUGUGAAGGAGCAGCUGAGGUGGACCAAGCUGUUGUGUAUAAACGCCUCUCAGGUGUCCUCAGUGCAGAUCGCAGCUCUGCAGAAUCAGCUGGACAGCAUGCUACAGCAGCUGGAGGAGAAAGUCACCCAGGGACCGUCUCAAACCGUGUUGAACAUCCUGCAGGAUUACGUGAAAGCUCAGAAGCUUGAGCUGAACCUUUUAACAGAGACAGAUCCAGAGAAGAUCUCAGAGAUUCAGGAACAACUGAAAACUUCAAAAGCUGAACUGGAGGCACUGGUUGGGAACUUAAAUGAGAUAGAGUGCUUUACAGGGAACAGGAGCCGAGAUUUAGAGAAGGAGCUGAGUGAGAAAUCAGACACAAUUUCAGAACUGCUUGGCCGGAAUCUGUAUUUGGAGGAGAAGAUUGCUGACACGCUGUCAGAAUGCAACGACCUUCAGGAAAAUUACAACAAUUUGGAGGAGAAGUUUGAUAACGCAGAGGAAGAAUACAACAAAUUGAAGGAAGAUUACAAAAAAUUAUUAAAGGAGGUGGAAAACAACACUGGAAAACCCGACCCAGACCUGAAGCUGACUCUGGAAAUUCUGCCUCUGAUCCAGGAAAUCAACAAGCUGGAGGACAGAAUCCGAUCUGUGACGUCAGACUUGUUGAGAAACACGCUACAGGAGGAGCUGAGAGAGAAGAAGAAACAACUGGAAUCUAAAAAGAAGGAAUCAAACGAUCCAGCCACAAAUAAAAUUCUCAACAUAAUCUCCAAACUGGAGGAGCUGUGGAAGUUUCAGAAUGAGAACAUAGACGUGAACAGUUUGGGCCAAAUCGAAGAUAAGAAAGAGGAAGUGCUUGGGUUGAUCUCGGAGCUGGACGACUCAAACCUGGCCAAAAUCGUGCUGAAGAACGUGGUUUUGCUGUCAGAUCAAACACAUCUACAAAGACUUAUGUCAGACAUCAAAGAGAAGGCAGACAAACAGAUAGCAGAACUGCAGAAGGACUUGAGGAAGAAGGAGGAGGAGCUGAAGAGGAAGACCGCAGAACUGGUACAGAAGGACAGUGACGUAGCCAAGCUCACCAAUGAUAUCAAGAAUUUGAAAGAAGAACGGGAGAAACUUAAAAAACAACAGAAAGACCUGGUGGAAACUGCACUGUCACAGCUCGCAGAACUGCGGGAGGAGCUGGACAAGAAGAAGCAGGAGCUGGAGAAAUGGAAAAACUCACUACAGGAGAAGGAAUCAGUGUUAGCAACAAAUGUGAUAAAGAUCACGGAACUCCUCGAGAAACUCAGACAGACUGAACAGGAAGCCAGCAGGAGAAGUCAGGAGGCUGCAGAAAGGAUUACAGAUCUGGAGGAUCAGCUGAAGCAGGAAGAGCUGGAAAAUAAAAGACUGCAGGCUGCACUGAAGAAGGCCACAGAGUGCGAUGAGCUGAAGAAGUCUUACGACAAACUGAAGGCUGAGUUUGAUAACACAGUUUUAAAGCUGAAUGACACACUGAUUAAACAAGUGUUUACAAUGGAAGCACUCAGACAGGACAUACAGAGACUGGAGGAGGAAAUCCGCUCAUCAGAAGGAAACACUGAUGAGCUGAAACUCAGGCUACAACAGAAGAAAGCAGAGCUGGAGGAGGCCAAAAAGAAUAUAAAGAAAUGGAGAAAAGAAACUCUGAAGCUUUAUGAAAUACUGGAGGAUUUGAGAAAGGUGGAGAAGAAGCAGGAUGAACACAUCCAGGAGUAUUUAGCCAAGUUAAACCGACUGGAGAAGGAGAUGGAGGAAUUGUUGGCUCAACUGACGGCCGGUGGAAACGAGAAGGCUGCACUGUCCAUCCAGGUGAUCUUUUUAAAGGAGGAAGUGGCCAAGUUAAAUAAAGCUCUUGUGAGACUUGAAGAGCAGCAGCAAGAGAAGACUGCAGGUCUGGAGAAGGAGAUUGAAGAGAAGAAUAAAGAGAUUGCGUACCUAAAGAGAAGCGGCUGUGGAACAGACCAACUCAAGAAUCAGAUCUCUAACCUGCAGCAGAAGCUGAGUGAGAAACAGCAGGAGCUGGAGCUGCUGAGGAGAGCCAAUGCUGCACAGAUCAGGGAGCUGCAGAAUCAGCUAACUGAGAAGAACCGCAAGCUGGAGGAAGUCACAGAGGAACUGGAGGAGCUCGACUCAGAAAACGUUAAACUGCUUGAUAAAUUAGCCAAGCUGAAUGCACAGCUGAUCGAACAGACAGGAGACCAAAAGCGUGCAGUUGCUGAUGCUCAGAGACGCGUCUCAGAACUGAAAAAGCAGCUGAAGAAAAAGGAGCAGGAGAUCUCAGAGCUGAAUAACAGUAACGCAGAAUGUGAGCAGCAGCUGAAGCAAGAGCAGAGAGAAGUUUCAGACCUGAACAUCAGUAACGCUGAACUUAAAAAUCAGCUGAAGAAAAAGGAGAAGGAACUCACAGAUCUGAGUAACGUUAAUGCAGAUCAGCUGAAGAGGAAGGAGAAGGAAAUUUCAGAUCUGAUGAACAGUAACACAGAGCUUGGAGAUCAGCUGAAGCAAAAGGAGAAGGAACUUUCAGACCUGAGAGACAAUAAUGCAGGGGUGAAAGAGGAGAAUGAACGUCUGCAUGAUCACCUGGCGACACUGAAUGAGAAACUCAAGGCAACAGAGAAGCUUGAACAUCAGUUGAAGCAAAAGGAGAAGGAACUUUCAGACCUGAAUGAGAAGAAUGCUGAACUUGGAGAUCAGCUGAAGCAAAAGGAGAAGGAACUUUCAGACCUGAGAGACAGUAAUGCAGACCUGUUGUCGGAGCUGAGAAAAAAAGGUAAUGAUUUGGAGGAACUGUAUGAAAACCUGGCCAAGUGUCAAACAACAAACAACAGCAACGAACUUGGAGAUCAGCUGAAGCAAAAAGAGAAGGAACUUUCAGACCUGAGAGACCGUAAUGCAGACCUGUUGACACAGCUGAAAGAAGCAGGAGCUGAUCUGAAGGAUGUGUAUGAUAACCUGAGCAAGUGUCAAACAACAAACAACAGCAACGAGCUUGAAGAUCAGCUGAAGCAAAAGGAGAAGGAACUUUCAGACCUGAGAGACAGUAAUGCUGACCUGUUGUCGGAGCUGAGAGAAAAAGGUGCUGCUUUGGAAGAACUGUAUGAAAACCUGGCCAAGUGUCAAACAACAAAUAACAGCAACGAGCUUGGAGAUCAGCUGAAGCAAAAGGAGAAGGAACUUUCAGACCUUAGAGACAGUAAUGCAGAGCUUGAAGAUCAGCUGAAGAAGGACAUUUCAGAGAUGACACACAAUAACACAGAGCUUGAAGAUAAGCUGAAGCAAAAGGAGAAGGAACUUUCAGACCUGAGAGACAGUAAUGCAGGGGUGAAAGAGGAGAAUGAACGUCUGCAUGAUCACCUGGCAACACUGAAUGAGAAACUCAAGGCAACAGAGAAGCUUGAACAUCAGUUGAAGCAAAAGGAGAAGGAACUUUCAGACCUGAAUGAGAAGAAUGCUGAACUUGGAGAUCAGCUGAAACAAAAGGACAAGGAACUUUCAGACCUGAGAGACAGUAAUGCAGAGCUUGAAGAUCAGCUGAAGAAGGACAUUUCAGAGAUGACACACAAUAACACAGAGCUUGAAGAUCAGCUGAAGCAAAAGGAGAAGGAACUUUCAGACCUUAGAGACAGUAAUGCAGAGCUUGAAGAUCAGCUGAAGAAGGACAUUUCCGAGAUGACACACAAUAACACAGAGCUUGAAGAUCAGCUGAAGCAAAAGGAGAAGGAACUUUCAGACCUGAGAGACAGUAAUGCAGAGCAUGGAGAUCAGCUGAAGCAAAAGGAGAAGGAACUUUCAGACCUGAGAGACAAUAAUGCAGAACUUAAAAAUCAGCUGAAGAAAAAGGAGAAGGAACUCACAGAUCUGAGUAACGUUAAUGCAGAUCAGCUGAAGAGGAAGGAGAAGGAAAUUUCAGAUCUGAUGAACAGUAACACAGAGCUUGGAGAUCAGCUGAAGCAAAAGGAGAAGGAACUUUCAGACCUGAGAGACAAUAAUGCAGGGGUGAAAGAGGAGAAUGAACGUCUGCAUGAUCACCUGGCAACACUGAAUGAGAAACUCAAGGCAACAGAGAAGCUUGAACAUCAGUUGAAGCAAAAGGAGAAGGAACUUUCAGAACUGAAUGAGAAGAAUGCUAAUGUGAUUGAGCGUCUGCGUGGAGACGUGAGGAGACUGAACAACCGAGUCAAAGCCCUGCAGAUAAGUGAUGAUCAGCUGAAGCAAAAAGAGAAGGAAAUUUCAGACCUGAAGAAAGUGAACACCAAGCUGCUUGAUGAGAAGAAGAAUCUGCAAGUACAUGUGACCAACCUAAAUAAUCAAUUAGAGGAGCUGAAGAAAAAUCCAGACACAGUCUCGCCUCCAUCCGUCUCCAUCAGGUCUCUACAGUAUGACUCCGACACAGCUCACAAGAAUCUCCUGAUCUCUAAUGACCACCGGUCAGUGCGGGGUGUUAAGUAUGCCAUCGAGCGACCCAACUACCGGAGUCGCUAUGACACGGUGAUUGCUGCCCUCACAAUAACAGGCUUCAACGGUGGCCGAGCGUACUGGGAGGUACAGGUGAAAGAGCGCUUGUGCUACACUGUGGGUGUAGCAGCUGAAACUGCACCCAGAAAAGGAAAAAUCAGGUUCAGUCCCAGUAACAGCUACUGGGUCAUACAGAAGGAGAACAAUCAGUACUACAUGCUAAUGGAACAACCUUUCCUGCUCCACCUCACGGACAAACUCAACAUCAUCGGGGUACUCCUCGACUUCGACACCGGGGAGGUGGCCUUCUACAACUCUGAAACCAGAACAAUCCUCGGUGUGUUCAGAGGGAUCCCCUUCACUCAUAAGCUCUACCCCUUCGUGGCUACGUGUGGCCGAGAGGGUCCAGAGGACUGGCCCAUAGAGCUGCUGGAUACUGGCUUCCCAACAUGGCUUCAUAACUAACACAAAACAAAACACACACACACACACACACAAAACACACAUACACAAUAUUCGCCACUAUACAGUAUAAAGCUUUAAAAAUAAUGAUACCUUUGUGAAUUUUGCAUUAAUUUCUGAAAUAAAAACAAAAUGUCUUGC